AUGGGGCCAGGGCUGCUGCUGACACUCACCAUCGCCCUCUCUGUGGCAUCAGAUGUUGUACCUUUUACUAAAUCGUUUUGCUGUGAACUUUGGUUCUGUCUGAUUGCCACUUGCAAGUGUUUGCUGUCAGUGAGCUUAAAUGCUAUAAAAGAACUUCCUGUGAUAAAGAAGUAUGAAGUGGUUUAUCCAGUAAGACUUCAUCCAGUCCAUAAAAGGGAACUCAAAGAUCCAGAGCAACAGGGAAAAUUUGAAACUGAAUUAAAGUAUAAAAUGACAGUCAAUGGAAAAGUCGCAGUGCUCUAUUUGAAAAAAAACAAGAACCUCCUUGCCCCAGGCUACACAGAGACAUACUAUAAUUCCAGUGGAAAAGCAGUCAACACGAGUCCACAAAUCAUGGAUGACUGUUACUAUCAUGGACACAUCCUUAAUGAAAAAUUUUCGGAUGCCAGCAUCAGCACGUGCAGGGGUCUGAGGGGUUACUUCAGCCAAGGAGACGAAAGGUACUUCAUUGAACCCUUAAGUCCCACAAACCAUGAUGAACAGGCGCACGCACUCUCCAAGUAUGAUGCUGAUGAAAACAAGACUCAAAGCUCCUGUGGAGUGAAGGAUGUGUUGCAGGCACCUGGAUCACACCAGAAUGGGGACCUACCUGCUGUCAGGCUGGUCAAAUCGGAUAACAAGAAAGGUCAAGAGCGUAAGAAAUAUAUAGAAUAUUAUGUGGUCCUGGAUAAUGGUGAGUUUAAAAAGUACAAAGGAAACCAAGAGGAAAUAAGAAAAAGGGUAUUUGAGAUGGCCAAUUACGUCAACAUGCUUUAUAAAAAGCUCAAUACUCAUGUGGCCUUGGUUGGUGUGGAAAUCUGGAGUGAUAAAGAUAAGAUAAAAAUAUCUUCAAAUGCAAGUUUCACUUUGGAAAAUUUUUCUACAUGGAGAGCUAACGUCCUCUUAGGAAGAAAGCAUCAUGAUAUUGCUCAGUUAAUCACGGCAAAAGAACUUUCAGGAACAACUGUGGGUCUUGCUUUCAUGUCCACCAUGUGCUCUCCAUAUCAUUCUGUUGGGAUUGUUCAGGAUCACAGUGACAACCUUCUCAGAGUGGCAGGGACAAUGGCCCAUGAAAUGGGCCACAACUUUGGAAUGUAUCAUGACACCUACGUGUGCAAGUGCCCUUCUACAAUAUGUGUGAUGGACAGAUCACUAAGCUUCUAUAUCCCCACAGACUUCAGUUCCUGCAGCCGUGUCAGCUAUGACAAGUUCUUUGAAGACAAGUUAUCAGAUUGCAUCUUUAAUGUUCCAUCCCCGAAAGAUAUUAUAUCCACACCGAUCUGUGGCAACCAAUUGGUAGAAUUAGGAGAGGACUGCGACUGUGGGACCCCUGAGGAAUGUACCAACAUUUGCUGUGAAGCUAAAACAUGUAAAAUCAAGGCAGGUUUUCAAUGUGCUUUUGGAGAAUGCUGUGAAAAAUGCCAACUUAAAAAGGCUGGGGUAGUUUGCAGACCAGCGAAAGAUGAGUGUGACCUGCCUGAAAUGUGUGAUGGUCAAUCCACUGGUUGCCCCAAAGACAGAUUCCAAGUCAAUGGCUCUCCUUGCCAGAAUGGGCAGGGUUACUGUCUGAUGGGAACUUGUCCCACACUGCAGAAGCAGUGCACGGACCUGUGGGGAGCAGGAACCAAAGUUUCAGAUAAGUCCUGUUAUAGCCGGAAUGAAGGUGGGUCAAAGUACGGAUACUGUCGCAAAGUGGACGACACACUCAUUCCCUGCAAAGCAAAUGAUGCCAUGUGUGGAAAACUGUUCUGUCAAGGGGGCUCUGAUAAUCUGCCCUGGAAAGGACGGAUAGUCACAUUCCUGACAUGUAAAACAUUUGACCCCGAGGACCCAAGCCAAGACAUAGGGAUGGUGGCCAAUGGAACUAAGUGUGGGACUAACAAGGUCUGCAUAAAUGCAGAAUGCAUGGAUGUUGAGAGAGCCUACAAAUCCACCAAUUGCUCCGCCAAGUGCAAAGGACACGCUGUGUGUGACCACGAGCUCCAGUGUCAGUGUAUGGAAGGAUGGGCGCCUCCCGACUGCGAUGACUCCUCCAUGGUCUCCCACUUCUCCAUCAUCAUUGGGGUGCUGUUCCCACUGGCAGUCAUAUUCGUGGUGGUUGCUAUUGUAAUCCGACACCAAAGUGCCCGAGGAAAACGAAAGAAGGUGCAGAAGCCACUACCUACCACUGGCAGUAAGCCGCCCAAGCAGAAGAGGAAACCACAAAUGGCAAAGGCUGUUCGACCUCAAGAGAUGAGUCAGAUGAAGCUCCAUGUGUCUGAUCAAGCCGCAGACUGCAAUGAGCCUCCAGUUUCUUUUCUAAUUACAAAGCCAGAUUUUCCACCACCGCCAAUUCCUACAUCUGUGUCAUCUUCUUUCCUUGCAAAUAUCAGCUGGCCACUGGAUUCGAAUCUGAAAGUGUGA